AUGGUGGCAAAACCCAUUCUGCUGCUCGCCUUUUUCUUUUCCUGCUCCGACUGUCUUGAGAACUCAACGCUUUUGUUGGGAUUUCAGACUCCCAGAAAUUUCUCCUUCCCUUUUAGUGCCUUGAGACUGGGAUCAGCCAUCCAGCUCGCCAUUGAAAAGGUGAAUUCCAACGCCUCUCUCUUGAUCAAUUACACACUAGGGUUUGUCUAUGACGAUACUCAGUGUGACCCCAAGAUAUCGCUAAGCGCAUUCAUCAGCCAGGUCCAGGAUGACAAUGUCUCAGCUAUUUUUGGACCAGCCUGCCCCAAGGUGGCAGAGAUCAUAGGUCUGCUGGCCUCUCAAUGGAACAUCCCUAUGUUUGGAUUUGUGGGCCAGACAUCUAAAUUAGGUGAUGACCUUGUCUAUGACACCCAAGUGAUACUGGUGUCCCCCAUCCAGAGGAUGGCCAUUGUCCUUGAGAAAACGCUGGAGUUUUUCGCCUGGAGAUACGUAGCCUUGUUCGGAGGAUCUCCCAGUGGCUCUAUUUGGGAUGAAACGGACGACCUCUGGGAAGCGGUCGAAAGCCAGCUCGAAGCCAAAUUCAUCAUUACAGCUCAAGCCAAAUACGACACAAGCAACUCAAGCCUUCACAGGGACAAUCUCAAGCACAUAGCCAGUCUCGCUAGAAUUAUCAUUUUGAUUUGUACUUCUCAAGCUUCAAGAUCCAUCAUGCUGGAAGCUGAGCAUCUUGGCAUGACUGGGGGAAAGUAUGUGUUCUUUAUACUGCAACAGUUUAUGAUCAGUGAUGACGUGGUUGGGACGGAUACAAGUCACUUGAAUGCGUAUGAAUCAACGUUUCUGAUUGGGCUGCCUGUCAACAGGGGACGCAAUUACCAAGACUUUGUACAAAAGGUUUAUCAGCGAUUGAAAGGACCGCCCUUCUACAGUCAUCUGACUUCAGAGAAAGAGGUGAGCGAUUAUUCAAUUUAUCUUCAUGAUGCAGUGAUGCUGUACGCCAUUACUGCGCACAAAAUGAUAAUGGCAGGAAAGAACCCUCGGGACGGAAGAGCUCUUAUUAAGAGCUUGAAAGGUUACAAUAGAACCCAAUUUUAUGGUGCAAUUGGUCUGGUGGAUAUUGAUAAUUCUGGAGAAAGGUCUAUGGAUUAUUCUGUAUACGACCUGCAGCAGGACGGAAACGAGACAAAAUUUGUUCCUGUGCUUUAUUACAACAGCUACAAUCAAUCAGUAAGGUCCACAGGUCAAUUUGCUCACAUAUCGUGGCCAGCUGGCACUCCUUUUAAAGACAGACCCAAUUGUGGAUUUCACAAUGAGCUUUGCAAAAGCAGCUCCACAAGUGGCUUGGUUCUGAGUUUAGUGGUUGCCUUCCUGGUGACUGCUUUGGCUGCCGGUGUGUUCGUUGCUGUCUUAAUGGCACAGAAAUGUAAAUUGCAAAAUCAACUUCAGGACAUGUGGUGGAAAAUAAACUUCGAAGAUAUCAUCAUCCUGGAGGAGACCAAGGUUCAUUUUGGCACAUCAUCUGUUUGUACCCCUAAAACCAUGAUAUCGAGCCAUUCGAGUUCCAGUCUCAGGGAUAAGCAAGAAAAUGUGGCAAUGGAUACCUUAGUUGGGCUUUAUCAGGGGAACCAAGUUGCAAUUAAGUACCUCGACACUACGAGCUCUCCAGAUGUGAAGAAACUAUCAAUCCGUCAAGAGCUGGACAUGAUGCGAAAUCUAAAGCACGAAAAUAUAAUUAGCUUCUUUGGUGUCUGUAUCGAGCCACCAAAUAUAUGCAUCAUUACACAAUAUUGCAAAAAGGGAAGUUUGAAGGAUGUCCUGAAAACCAGAAAGUUUGACCUGGACUGGAUCUUGAAGCUCUCCCUCGCUUAUGACAUAGUAAAUGGAAUGAUGUUUCUGCAUAACAGCCCUCUAAAAUCUCACGGUAACUUAAAACCCAAGAGCUGCCUGAUAGAUAGUCGGAUGCAAGUGAAAAUAGCAGAAUUCGGCUUGUGGGAGUUUCGCUUUGGAACAAAAAGGAAAGUAAUCACUGGAGAAAACAUGGCAUUUGAAGAGCUGUACUGGACCGCUCCAGAACUGUUGUGGCUUAAUGACUACCCACUCAAUGGUACACAGAAAGGAGACGUUUAUAGUUUUGCUAUCAUCAUGAAGGAGCUAUUGUACGAUGGUGAACAGGGGCCUUAUCAUGACUUACAUAUGGACCCAGAGGAAAUCAUUUAUAAAAUUAAAAACCCUGGUUCAGGGACACCAACGAGACCCACAUUGCCUGCAGAAGCAAGUAACAAGAAUAUAAUGGCCUUGCUGACGUCGUGCUGGGAUGAACGUCCAGAGAGAAGGCCGAACUUCCGCUCAAUCAAACAAGCAUUGCAACAGAGCACUCCUGAGGGUAAAUCCAGCGUUCUGGACAACAUGGUGAACAAACUGGAAAGAUGCGCAAAUCAUCUGGAAGAAGUGGUCGAAGAGAGAACAAACCAACUGAUGGUGGAGAAGAGAAGGACAGACAAGCUUCUGUCGAGCAUGUUGCCCAGUUUCAUUUCAGAGCAGCUCAUACAAGGCAAAUGUGUGGAGCCAGAAUCGUUCGAAUCCGUCACUGUAUUCUUCUCAGAUAUAGUUGGCUUUACAAGCAUCUGUUCCAUCAGCACUCCAUUGGAGGUUGUGGGCCUGCUCAAUGAUCUGUACAGUUUAUUUGAUGACAUUAUCAAUUCGUAUGAUGUGUACAAGGUUGAAACAAUAGGAGACGCUUACAUGGUAGUAAGCGGAAUGCCCAUCUGCAAUGGAAUAAGACACGCUGGUGAAAUUGGUACCAUGGCUUUGCAUUUCCUCAGUGCCAUUACAAGCUUCGAAUUAAAGUGGAUGAACGAACAGCUCAGGCUGCGUAUAGGCAUCAAUACAGGCCCAGUGGUUGCCGGAGUUGUCGGAACAUCUAUGCCAAGAUACUGCCUGUUUGGAGACACUGUCAACGUAGCCUCGAGGAUGGAGAGUAACGGUUUGCCCCUGAAAAUACACGUAUCAGAGAGCACUGCUCAGCUACUAAAAGCUCUGGGAGGAUAUGAACUGAUGAAACGAGGAAUCAUUGAAUUGAAGGGCAAAGAAAAGCAAACAACGUACUGGCUUAGAAACAAGGAGGGGUUGAAUAUGCCUCUGCCUGAUUUCGAUCUUGAUUUGGUUGACGAUUGUGAAGAUUCACCGAAGGCUGAACAGUCUUGUUCGGAUUCGAAACCGCUGUAAAUUGUUUUAAUUUGUGCAUCAAUGUCACUGCCGCCCAC